AUGUCUUCAGAAGACAAAGAAGCGCAGGAGGACGAGCUGCUGGCUUUGGCUAGCAUUUACGACGAAGAUGAGUUCAAGAGAGCUGAGUCAGCCCAAGGAGGAGAAACGAGAAUCUGCCUGGAGUUGCCCCAAGACUUCAAAAUUUUUGUGAGGGGCAGUUCCACAGAAAGCCUCCAAAACAGCGGGUUUGAAUACACUGUUUGCUUCCUGCCUCCCCUUGUGCUGAACUUUGAACUCCCACCAGACUACCCAUCAGCCUCCCCACCGGUGUUUACCCUCAGUGGAAAAUGGCUCUCCCGAGCCCAGCUCAGCGCUCUUUGCAAACACUUGGACAACGUAUGGGAAGAGAAUCGAGGCUGUGUGGUCUUAUUUGCCUGGAUGCAGUUUCUGAAGGAAGAAACACUGAAUUACCUCAAUAUUUCCUCCCCCUACGAGCUAAAAACAUGUCGUCGAGGGAAUGGGCAGAGUCCGACACAUCCGGGGCCUCUCGGUGCCGAGACGGACUGUGGUGGUGCAGCAGGCUCUGCCGCAGCCGAAGAAGAAAUCAUCGAUGCAAGAGCUCUGCAGGAUGUGGAAUCGUUGUCGAGUCUGAUCAGGGAAAUCUUGGACUUUGAUCAGGCUCAGAGGAGGAAGUGCUUUAACAGUAAGAUGUACCUGUGCAAUAUCUGCUUCUGUGAGAAGCUGGGCAGUGAGUGUAUGUACUUCACCGAGUGCAGCCACGUGUACUGCAAAGCGUGCCUGAAGGACUACUUUGAAAUACAGAUCAAGGACGGGCAGGUCCACUGCCUCAACUGUCCCGAGCCGAAGUGUUCUUCCGUUGCUACACCUGGCCAGGUGAAGGAGCUGGUGGGGGAGCAGCUCUUCGCGCGUUACGACCGCCUGCUCCUGCAGUCCAGCUUGGACCUGAUGGCGGAUGUGGUGUACUGCCCUCGCCCGGGCUGUCAGACGCCGGUCAUGCAGGAGCCAGGCUGCACCAUGGGCAUAUGUUCCUGCUGCAACUACGCCUUCUGUACCCUCUGCAAAAUGACUUACCACGGCGUCUCUCCCUGUAAAGUCACGGCAGAGAAACUGAUGGAUUUGCGAAAUGAGUAUUUAGAAGCAGAUGAGGCAACUAAAAGAUUCUUGGAGCAGCGCUAUGGCAAACGAGUGAUUCAGAAAGCCCUGGAGGAGAUGGAGAGUAAAGAAUGGCUGGAAAAGAACUCCAAGUCUUGCCCGUGCUGUGGUACUCCCAUAGAGAAACUGGACGGCUGCAACAAAAUGACGUGUACGGGCUGCAUGCAGUACUUCUGCUGGCUCUGCAUGGGCUCGCUGUCACGGGUGAAUCCCUACCAGCACUUCAACGACCCGUCUUCCCCGUGCUUUAACAGGUUGUUUCAGGCCAUGCAUAUGGACGGCGAGUUCUGGGAGGCUGGAGAUGAAGACUAG